CAACACAUUUUCCAUUUUAACAAUUUUAUCCAAAAUCACAUCUCCUAUCACUCCAAUUACUCCUUCUCUCCCAAACACACCAUGCUCAAAGACCUCCUUACCCCCUCUUCACCACCCUCUCUCCUUCACUCCUUGCUCUCUUCACCAACUUGUCCUUCCCCCUUCAUAAUAUCCCCUCUGAUAGUAACUCCAAGUCCAAUCAUUAUUCCAAGUGCUCCAAUAUAUGUGAUUAAGCCAGGCAUGUUAUCUUGAUUAAGCAAACAACCAAGAAUUUGAACCAAAAUUGGUUCCAAAAGAAAGAUACUUCCGACUAUAUGUGGUGGGAAGAACUUUAAAGCAAAUAUAUAACCUCCACUGCCUAGCAUUCCUGCAAAAAUCCCAAUAAAUAUAAGAGAAUGAAUCAAAUAAGUAUCUGAAGCCCAACCAAAUACUCCAUGCAAAGGAUCAAAAGAUAAAAAUUUAUCUGUUCCAUUAAAGAAAGUAAAGAUGCAGAUAUUCAUUACUAACUGGAUUAUAGAGUUAACAUGGAAUAUAACAAUAGGUGGAAGCUUCUUGAGCAAUCUUGCAUUGACGAUAUAAAAUAAAGCAGAUGGAGGAGAUGAAGCUAGUGAUAAGAUAUCUCCAAAAAUAAUAUUUGUCUGACCAUUGGUUUUAGUAGAGUACUUGUCACUGACACAAAUAAUGCACGAUAAAAUUACAAUCACUGUUCCAACUAUCUCAAGCUUAUGAACUGAAAUCGAUAAAAUUAUAUUAACCAUAACUAUAAAAAUACCUCCAAGAUUAGAUAAUAGCCCAGUAUGAGACACCAGUGUGUAUUCUGAACCCCAUACAUAGACAGUAAAUGCUGUAUACCAAAGUAUAGCUGAAGCAGCAAAUUCCAUUAAAGUCUCUGAGACACUAAAAGGGAUGCAAUAAACCAUAAUAAUCUGUCAUCUCCACAUAUUCCUGAGCAUAAUAUCCACUCCUUUAUACUCAUCAAUAAAGGGUAUAAUAGAGGCGCUUCCCAGCAACGCCAGAGUUGUGACCAC